AUGGCUAGUAUGAGGAGGGGAAUGUCUAAUACUCCGCCGCCGAUUACGGUUGAGGAUACGGCGACGGGAGAAGGGCCGCUGCCGAGUCCUGAGAUGGAGGGUGUGAAUGGCACGUUUGGCCACCGUCGCAAGCACAGUCCGAAUCUCGAAUGGCGGCAACCAUGGACAAAGGAGAGCUGGUCACAGGGCCGCGUGCUGCUCAUCGAUUAUGUAGCAAAGGAACACUCAGCGGAGGGCAGGCGGAAGAUCGUGGCACAGGAGUUCUCCGACAUCGACAGUCUGCGCCGGUUCUACCGCAAAGAGGAUCUCUCAGCGCAAGCAGCAUUGCGCGUGAUCCACGUCCAAAACGCCAGCUGGGCGACACGCUACCUGCUCCGCAAGUUCAACAUCGACGCCACGGACGAUCUGGUAGGCACAAACUUCGGUCGCUGGGCCAGCUACGAGAAGCCUCAACAACGCGGCGGCAAACCUGUCCUUAAUGGCCGUACAUUCCGCGCUCAACGCGAUCCCUGGCGCGGCAUCUCGCGCGCUGCCUUUGGAGCCGAUUACCUCAAGUCCUACGAUAGGAAUACGCACAUUCCUCGGCCGAAUAAUAACAAAUCCAUAAUGGAGCUCAAUCAUUACGACGAGACGGAUCAGCCUCGAUAUGGACACGACGUAUAUGUGCAGCGCUUGAGCUGUUACGUUCAACUCAGCGACGGAACCCCAGGGCAAGCCGUCGACCCCGAUAUACCGAACCCAUACGACGAGGAAGCGUGGGAAGAGUACAUGCGGUUGAAGAAGAGUUACGGCAACGUAGAUGCGAAUGAGCACCAGGAACGUUACAUCCCCAAGCUCCGGUCUCUCGACAACGGAAACACAAUCAUUCUUUUUGAGAACUCGGUCACAGGCUCCGUCAAAGAUACCCUUAUCGGCGCGCGACAAGAACUCGAGUCUCGUUGGAGACGACUAUCCUUCUACUUGCCCAUGGAGGAAAACGAUGAGACGCUGACGGCGGAGUGUAUGGAUUUCAUAUUGCAGGACGUGUUCAAAGCGUUGAGUUAUAAUUGGCAGAAGUUCCUGGCUGUUUGCGAGACACAUGUUGGGAUUCUGGAAGACAAGAUCUAUGAGAACCCCGCCGACGAAUCCCGCGCCCCCGAGCUCUGGAAAAACAGCGCACAAUGGCUCAAGGUCGAACGCCUCAUAUACAUCCACGUCGACGUAAUCAAGGAAAUGGUCACGCAUCUCCACGACCUAGCUGGUGCCGAUCCAAAAGAAUCUUCAGACCAGCCCUGGCUAGGGUCCGUACCAGACGAACUCGACAAGUUGACCGGGCAGUGGGAAAGAGAUGUCAUCCUCCCCACGACCGCUCUAUCAGAUCUCAUGUACAAGAGUGUAGGUAUUAGGGAUGCGCGACACUCUUUACAAUUAGGCCUGAGUAUGUGGCGUCUGAGUUGGAUAACAUUCAUUUUCCUCCCCCUAACCUUCACAGUCGGUUUCUUCGGCAUGAACGUCUCCACCUUCUCCGAAAACCCACCCCUAAAAUGGUGGUUCAUAGUCUCCAUCCCCGUGCUCGUCAUCGUCCUCAUCCUCUGGUACGGCGUAAAACACAAUCUCGCGACGCAGCGUCAGAACCCCAUGCGGAGAGGCGUCUACGAGGCGCUGUACCAUGAACUUGCUACUGCGCAGCCCAGCCUGUGGAGUCGCAGUGGGCCGCGCGAUGAUGUUGUGCCUGUGGGGUGGUGGGCUGGCUUCAAAUGGCGCCUCAUCACGCGGUGGUUUGGCGAGGAGAAGGUUAGGCCCGGGAGGAAUGUUGAUGGUAGUGGGAGUGCGACUGGUGAUGGAGAGGAUUUCGGUGUCGUCGGACGAUGCAGAAGGGCGUUGGCGAGACGCUGGUUGGGUGAAUUGGCCGUCAUGCCUAUCCCGCAGCAUCCAUCCUCCUCCCACCACGACAACAAACCAAUCCCCUCAUCUUCCUCCCAGCGCUCCAGCAGCAGGAGCUCUGUAAGGAGCGAAGUGGCGUCGUGUAUGCUUACUACCACCGCCAACACUGCCAACACUACGUCGCAAGAGAUAUCGGAUAAGAAACUUGGUGCUGUGGCGCAGUUGGCGAGGGUGGCUACGCCGGUUGCGCUUGCGGAUGCGGAUCCGACGGCUGCGUCCAGGAUGCAGAGAGCGAGUAGGAGGGACGGGAGUAGUUUGAGUCCGGAUGGGAGGAGGAGGGGGAGUGGGACGAGUAGUGAUGGGGGGGUUAUGGUUGAGGAGAAGGGGGGGAGUGGGGAUGAGAGGGAGGGGAGGGAUGGGGAUAGAAAGAGGGUGAGGGGGUUGGAUGUGCCGAGUAGGAAUUAG